UCUUCACCCACACCUAAUUACGGGUAAUAGAAAUGGAGUUUUCUAAACCAAAGAGGCCGAGGAUAAGACUGGCAGGUGACAAGAGAGGUUCUCUGUAUCCUCAUAGCCUUCAAUUCUACCUGCAGCCUCCAUGUGAAAAUAUCUCUCUGAUCGAGUUUGAAAGUCUCGCCAUUGACAGGCUUAAACUCCUCAAAACCAUUGAAAACCUUGGGAUCAACUAUGUGAAAAGCACCGACGACUACCGAAGCAAACUGGAGAGUGAACUUCGAAAGCUCAAAUUUUGCUACAGAUCUAUGAUGGAAGAUGAAUAUGAAGCAAGGAGGAAGGAUCAUAUUUCACACUUUAUCUUGCGCCUUGCUUACUGUCAGUCUGAAGAUCUCAGGCGUUGGUUUAUUCAACAAGAAAUGGAUCUCUUUCGAUUUCGAUUCAUUGAAAUGCAUCCUACUAAAGUUCAAGAGUUCUUAAAGGAUACAUGUUUUCCAUUUGAAUCUAUAAGCCGAGACGAGAAGUCACGUCUUUCACAGCUAAUUAGUGAAUCAACACCAUCUUUAAAUGCACUUAAAGUGGAAGACGAAUUGAUUUAUAAGGUCCCUUUUGCUGAUGCGCUAGAUUUAUUUAGAGGAAGAAAAGUCUACUUGGAGAAUUCCAGUGCCUACGUACCACAUCAGGACAUUGUGGUGAUCCUCUUGAAUGACUAUCGAAUCAAACUGUCUAAAGCAUUGGCUCUAACAGCCCGGUCACUGCCUGCUGUACAAUCUGAUGAAAGACUACAGCCUCUGCUCAAUCAUCUCAGCCAUUCCUACAUUGGUCAAGAUUACAGUUCCCAAAAGAAUAUUGGGAAAAUUUCAUUAGAGCAACUCGAUUCUCUCUCUGUUACAUCAUUCCCUCUCUGCAUGCGCCAGUUGCAUAAAGGCCUGCGGGAAAAUCAUCACCUCCGCCAUGGAGGCCGGAUGCAGUACGGUCUCUUUCUUAAGGGUAUUGGCUUAACUCUGGAACAAGCUUUGCAGUUUUGGAAGUUAGAGUUUACCAAAGGAAAAGUGGAUACCGACAAGUUUGACAAAGGUUAUGCCUACAAUAUCCGCCACAGCUAUGGCAAGGAAGGCAAGAGGACGGAUUACACACCAUUCAGUUGCAUGAAGAUUAUCCUAAACAAUCCACCAAGUCAAGGGGAUUAUCACGGGUGCCCAUUCCGCCACAGUGAUCCUGAGCUGCUGAAGCAGAAACUCCAGUCUUACAAGAUUCCUCCCACUGGGAUAACCCAGAUUUUGGAUUUAAUAAAAGGUAUGCAUUACCAGGUGGCCUGCCAGAAAUACUUUGAAUUAACACAUAAUGUUGAAGAUAGUGGAUUUUCUUUAAAUCAUCCCAAUCAGUAUUUUGUGGAGAGCCAGAGGAUUCUCAAUGGUGGAAAAGAGAUCAAGAAGGAACCCAGCCAACCAGAAAUUCCUCAGACAAAGCCAGGUUUCCAGAAAGCUACCAGUUCAACCUCUUCUUCAAAAUCAUCAGCACCGGCAUUGGAAAUGGAAUUAGAAGGAUUGGAGGAUUACUUUAGUGAAUAAAAGAUACCUCCUUGGUCAUUGUCUUCAUCAAUUCCCAUUUCAUACCUCUAGAUUUAGCUUUUCCCCCCUUGUUACUAAGAAAGUCAAGAAUGGAGUGCUCUUCUGCUUUGUGGUUUCAUAACUGAAGUGUUGUGAUAUAUUUGGAGAGCUAAUGUAAAGUGCUUCUUAAGCUGGUACCUUACACAUUAUUAUAAGUGGAUGAAAUCAGCUUGCUUUCAGAAGUGAGUGAAUUUGUUAGUUAUUCGGUAUGUUUUAGCGUAUCUCAGUUCAUUCCUUUUUUGGUUCCAUCCUCCUCUAUUUUUAUCGAUAAAUGCAUUUAGAAAUCUAAAGAGAAGAGUUAGUUUGCUUAACAUGUUAAAGCAUCCGAUUAGCUCUGACCUCAUUUUCAAAAUUCAUUUAUUCUUGCCUUGACCUAGUUUCUCAUAAUGUAUUAUUCCUUAUAGUAAUUAAUCUGUUAUUCUAUAUUUUGUCUGUUUUUUGCCUCAUGAACCAAUAAAAUCAAGCAAAAAAUCA